ACUCGUACCUCCAGACGCGCAGUCGAGUCGACGUAGUGCUAAUUAGAGUCUAACCACAAGUUACCCAGCCACCACCCCCAAAACCAACCAUGUGCGACGACGACGUAGCCGCCCUUGUAGUCGACAACGGCUCGGGCAUGUGCAAAGCCGGUUUCGCCGGAGAUGACGCGCCGCGAGCCGUCUUCCCCUCCAUCGUGGGCCGACCGCGCCAUCAGGGCGUGAUGGUCGGCAUGGGCCAAAAGGACUCCUACGUGGGCGACGAGGCGCAAAGCAAGCGGGGGAUCCUGACAUUGAAGUACCCCAUCGAGCAUGGUAUCAUCACCAACUGGGACGAUAUGGAGAAGAUCUGGCACCACACGUUCUACAACGAGUUGAGAGUGGCGCCCGAGGAGCAUCCUAUUCUGUUGACGGAGGCGCCGUUGAAUCCGAAGGCCAACAGGGAGAAGAUGACGCAGAUCAUGUUCGAGACGUUCAAUACGCCCGCGAUGUAUGUGGCCAUUCAGGCUGUGCUGUCGCUUUACGCCUCUGGGCGUACCACAGGUAUCGUCCUGGACUCUGGCGAUGGCGUCUCUCACACCGUCCCCAUCUACGAGGGGUACGCCUUGCCUCAUGCCAUCCUCCGUCUGGACUUGGCUGGUCGCGACCUCACCGACUACCUCAUGAAGAUCCUCACCGAGCGCGGCUACUCCUUCACCACCACCGCCGAGAGGGAGAUCGUGAGGGACAUCAAGGAGAAGCUUUGCUAUGUGGCGCUGGACUUCGAGCAAGAGAUGGCCACGGCGGCGAACUCGACGUCGUUGGAGAAGAGCUACGAGCUGCCCGACGGACAGGUCAUCACCAUCGGUAACGAGAGGUUCAGGUGUCCAGAGGCGUUGUUCCAGCCCUCGUUCUUGGGCAUGGAGUCAUGCGGCAUACACGAGACCGUGUACAACUCCAUCAUGAAGUGCGACGUGGACAUCCGUAAGGACUUGUACGCCAACACCGUCUUGUCAGGCGGCACCACUAUGUAUCCUGGUAUCGCCGAUCGUAUGCAGAAGGAAAUCACUGCUCUGGCUCCCUCGACCAUCAAGAUCAAGAUCAUCGCUCCCCCGGAAAGGAAGUACUCAGUCUGGAUCGGAGGCUCCAUCUUGGCCUCGCUGUCCACCUUCCAGCAGAUGUGGAUCUCCAAGCAGGAGUACGAUGAAUCCGGCCCUGGAAUAGUCCACCGCAAGUGCUUCUAAGACGGACCAUGAACCGACAAGCGACUAUGAAGAACAGUUUGCAAACGAACUCUUUGACGUAUUUCUUCGAGAGGUUGACCUUCUGUUUUUUUUUAAUGUCUAAUAGGGUUUUCAGCAAGAUGAUGCGAGAAUUCAAGAAAAUGAAACAGAAACAGCCAUACUAGAGAAAAAUUACUCUGAUUUCUCAAUAUCUAGAAAAAAAAAACAGUAAAAACUGGGAACUGUAUCAUUCACAGAAAGUGGAAAUAUUCAAACAUCCAUUCGCUCAAAUCUACGGAUCGAUUGAAAAAAAAAGAUAUAUAAUUUUAUGGAUGAACUGAGCAUUGAAAAAAUACUUUGUAAACUCCUUUGUUCUUGUUUUCUAACUUGAUAUACAAGAUAGUGGCAUAUUAUGAUGUAGAUGUGAAAGAAUAAGGGUGUUACCUAUAUAUCAUCGAGAAUUUGAGUGGUGUUUGAAUAUCCCAUGAAAUUGUAUGUAAUUUUCUGAGAAUCGCAGCGAAUUGUGUUGAAAAAACUAUGAAUACAUAUUAUUUUACAAUUUCAGUUACAUCACAGAUUAAAUGGUUAUAGAGUUCGUUUGUGAACGAAGCUAGUGUUGUAAAAAUUGUAAAAUUUUCUUGCCUACUUUUGUAGUGCACUGCCAUAAGACUUGUGUACACUAUGUAUUAUAGUUGUUUGUAUACCUUUCUAGAUGUUUCGGAUUACAUAUCAAUUUUUGGGCAAGCAUUUGGGAUCGUGCUGAAGAGCUGAUGUUUAUAUUUUGUGAUUGUUUUCUAGAAUUUUUUGAACAAGGCGAUUUAUCUUGUGGUGAUUUUGAGAACCUACCUUUUAGUGAUUAUUAUUAGUGGAUGUAUACUCGUAUUUAUAAAUUUUUUGGAUCAAUAAUAAAUUUUGUUAGU